AUGGGUCUUCUGAACCUGGAUGAGGAAAGCGGUGAAGUGUCCACCGAGCUGGUGUUCUAUGUGAACGGAAAGAAGGUUGUGGAAAAGAACCCGGAUCCAGAAUGGACGUUAUUAUGGUAUUUGAGAAAGAAGCUUCGCCUGACAGGAACAAAGCUUGGCUGCGCAGAAGGUGGUUGUGGUGCCUGCACAGUUAUGAUUUCCAAAUAUCAGAGGAAGGAAAAGAAAGUUGUGCACCUUGCAGUUAACGCCUGUUUAGCUCCAGUAUGUGCAAUGCACGGUUUAGCAGUUACAACAGUGGAAGGAAUUGGAUCUACUAAGACAAAACUUCAUCCAGUUCAGGAACGAAUCGCCAAAGCCCAUGGCUCUCAGUGUGGAUUUUGCACACCAGGAAUUGUGAUGUCAAUGUAUACCUUACUAAGGAGCUGUUCUAAAAUUUCAUACUCCGAUAUGGAAGUCGCCUUUCAAGGUAACCUGUGUAGAUGCACCGGGUACAGGGCUAUAAUCGAAGGUUACAAAACAUUCUUAGAAGACUGGGAAACAACAAGAAUAAGCAGCGAGCCAAAUGGAACAAAUGGAAAGACUAAUGGCGUAUGCGGUUUAGGAAAAGACUGCUGUAAAAAUAAGACUGACGACAGUGAAACGGAAUUUAUUUUUGAUAGGUCCUCCUUUUUACCAUAUGAUCCAAGCCAAGAACCUAUUUUCCCACCAGAACUUAAGUUAUAUUCGCUUUACGAUGAACAAUAUUUGAUAUUUAGGGGAGGUAAGACAACGUGGUACAGGCCAACAACAAUUGAAUCUUUAUUGAAUUUGAAGAAGAAAUAUCCUGAUGCAAAAAUCGUUGUUGGGAAUACUGAAGUUGGUGUGGAGGUAAAGUUUAAGCAUUGUGUAUACCCAGUAAUUAUAAUGCCAACAUUGAUCCCGGAAUUAAAUUCUGUUGUUGAAAUCGAUAAUGGUCUAACAGUGGGUGCAUCGGUGACUCUUAUGGAUUUGGAACUCGCCCUUAGAAAAUACAUCGAGGUUUUACCGACAUAUAAGACUAGAACAUUUGUUACAAUUAUUGAAAUGUUAAACUGGUUUGCUGGUAAGCAAAUACGUAAUGUUGCAGCCAUAGGCGGUAAUAUAAUGACGGGUAGUCCUAUUUCUGAUCUUAAUCCUAUUCUAAUGGCACUAAAAGUUAAAUUGAAUCUGUCGAGUGCAAAAGAUGGUAAUCGUUCAGUUCUAAUGGAUGAGCAUUUUUUCACUAGUUAUAGACGAAAUAUAGUAAAACCUGAUGAAGUUUUGAUAUCAGUUGAAAUCCCUUAUACAAACCGAUUUCAGUAUGUCAAAGCUUUUAAACAGGCGAAGCGACGUGAAGACGAUAUUUCUAUAGUAACAGCUGCUAUUAACGUAGAAUUCGAAGAUUAUAAUAACAAAAUAAAGUAUAUAAACUUAGGAUUCGGUGGUAUGGCUCCUGUUACUAAACUCGCAACAAAGACUAGUGAAGCAUUAAAAGGUUUAAAGUGGAACGAAGAAAUGUUAGAAGUAGCAUACAAAGAAAUGUUAGAGGAAUUACCACUAAGCCCAUCUGCUCCGGGUGGAAACAUUCUUUAUCGACGAUCUUUAACACUGAGCUUAUUCCUUAAAGCUUAUUUAAAAAUAGCAAAAGAAAUGUCGAAAGAUUACGUACACGAAGACCUUGUUGUACCAUAUCACAGUAGUGGCGCAGAGCAAUUUCACGGCGCCUUACCUAAAAGUGCUCAAUAUUUUGAAUUAGUGGGAGAUAAACAAAUAAGAAGCGACGCUGUAGGUAGACCCAUUCAGCAUGUAUCUGCAUUUAAGCAGACUACUGGAGAAGCAAUUUAUUGUGAUGACAUGCCUAUUGCAGAAAACGAAUUAUAUUUGGCUUUUGUUCUCAGUACGAAAGCACAUGCUAAAGUUAUAUCCAUUAAUGCUGAAGAGGCAUUAAAGGAACCUGGAGUAGUCGCAUUCUUCUCAGCUAAAGAUUUAACGCCCGAACAGAAUGCAAUUGGGGCCAUAUUUCACGAUGAGGAGUUGUUUAUCAGCGAAAAAGUCACCAGUCAAGGACAAACUAUCGGUGUAGUAAUAGCAGAAGAUCAGCAGACAGCACAGGCAGCAGCGCGUAAAGUCAAGGUGGAAUACGAAGAGAUUCAACCAAUAAUUAUAACUAUAGAAGAUGCUAUAGAACACAAAAGCUUUUACAAGCAGUAUCCAAAGGGUAUCAAAAAUGGAAAUGUACAGGCUACAUUUGAUGACCCAAAUAACAUUAUAAUUGAAAGUGAAUGUCGUAUGGGAGGACAGGAACAUUUUUACUUAGAGACACACGCGGCGUUUGCUAUUCCGAAAAAGGAAGACGACGAAUUGGAAAUAUAUUGUUCUAGCCAACAUCCUACAGAAAUUGCGAAACUUGCAAGUCACGUUCUUCAUGUUCCUAUGAAUAGAAUCGUAGCCAGAGUUAAACGAAUGGGUGGUGGUUUUGGUGGCAAAGAAGCGAGGGGUAUGUUAAUUGCGUUACCAGUUGCUUUUGCCGCACACAAAUUGCAGAGGCCCGUACGUUGUAUGUUAGACCGAGAUGAAGAUAUGUUGAUGACUGGAACACGGCAUCCUUUCCUUAUCAAAUAUAAAGCUGCUGUUACCAAAGAGGGCAUAAUAAUGGGAGCUAAAGUGGACAUUUUUAAUAACGGAGGAUAUUCCCUCGAUUUGUCUGGUCCUGUUUUAGAUCGAGCACUGUUUCACUAUGAAAAUGCAUAUUACAUACCAAAUUGUGAAGUAAACGGUUACGUCUGUAAAACGAAUCUCCCGUCUAAUACAGCCUUUCGUGGAUUCGGUGGUCCACAAGGAAUGUACGGGGCGGAAUGUAUGAUAACUGACAUCGCAUACAAACUUGGCAAGAAUCCAGAUGAUAUCAGGAAAAUCAACCUAUAUAAAGAAAACCAUAUAACACAUUAUCAACAGACUUUAACAUAUUGUACCUUACAAAGAUGUUGGGAUGAAUGUAUAGAAAAGAGUAAUAUGGCUCAACGGAAGAUGGAUAUUGAAAACUUCAAUAAACAAAAUAGGUGGAGAAAGAGAGGAAUAUCCAUUGUACCAACAAAGUUCGGUAUUGCAUUUACGGAAAAGUUUUUGAAUCAAGCCGGUGCUUUGGUAAUCAUAUACCUCGAUGGUUCUGUUCUUCUUUCCCACGGAGGAACUGAAAUGGGUCAAGGAUUGCACACAAAGAUGCUGCAAGUGGCAUCACGAGCAUUAGGUGUCGAUAUCUCUAAAAUAUUCAUAAGCGACACAUCUACCGAUAAAGUCCCUAACACAUCAGCUACGGCGGCAAGUGCUGGGUCAGAUCUGAAUGGUAUGGCGGUUCUUGAAGCGUGCGAGAUUCUGGUCAAACGGCUACAGCCCUACAAAGAAAAGAAUCCUAAUGGUACAUGGGAGAAUUGGGUAUCUGCUGCCUACAUGGACCGUGUUAGUUUGUCAGCUACCGGUUUUCAUGCCACACCUGACAUCGGCUACAAUUUUGCUAAGAACGAGGGAAGAGCUUUCAACUACUUCACAUUCGGUGCCGCAUGUAGUGAGGUUGAAAUUGACUGUCUCAGCGGCGAUCACCAAGUAAUCCGAACAGAUAUUGUCAUGGAUUUAGGCGAAAGCAUUAACCCAGCUAUUGAUAUAGGACAAAUCGAAGGAGGAUUUAUGCAAGGCUAUGGUCUAUUUACAAUUGAGGAGCUCAUAUAUUCACCUACCGGAACCCUUUAUUCGCGUGGGCCUGGUGCUUACAAAAUACCUGGCUUCGGGGAUAUACCGCAGGAAUUUAACGUGUCGUUACUUAAAGGGGCACCAAAUCACAGAGCUGUCUACUCAUCCAAGGCCGUGGGUGAACCACCUCUAUUCUUGGCAAGCUCUAUAUUCUUUGCGAUAAAGGAGGCAAUAAAGGCAGCUCGUGCUGACGCUGGAGUGCCAUUGGAAUUUAGAUUGGACUCGCCUGCUACUUCUGCCCGGAUUCGGAUGGCCUGUGAAGAUCAUAUUACUAAGAAGAUACCUGAAUCAAAGCCCGGAUCCUUCAUGCCAUGGAACGUGGUUCCCUAA